GACAGCUUUUGAUCCUCUAGCUAAUUAAAGAUUACAGUACAUCAAAUUUCAUGUUAGAUAAAUUGAGCAUAAUUUAUAAUCAAAUUAGUAUACAACUAGCUAAUUAAUUAAGAGCCAUCUUUCUUUAAACCAUUGUUUUUUUUUUUAUUGUUUUGUUUCUUAAUAUAAUUUUUUACAAGCUAGCUAAAUGAGCAAGGUAACGCAGCAACCCGAGAAACAGACCGAGAUUCCUCUACCACCAGGAAGCGACAUGGAGGACGGCGGUGCUAAGGGGAGGCCGGAGUCACACUUCCGGGGAUUAUCCGAUGUUCAAAAAUGGAGGAAGGAGGAUUGGAUGAAAAAGGGAGUGUUGGUUUUGGUUUUAAGGGCAUUCGCUUUGCUCUUUUCUUUCCUCUCUUUCAUCAUUAUGGUUGUUAUCCCUAACUUCCAAUUAAGUGAGCCUAACAGUUAUGUGUUUUCAAUAGCACUGAUUACGAUGGUGUACACGGCCAUACAAGUUGGCAUAAAAGGUCAUGAACUUCGCAUUGGAAAAGAUAUUAUUUCAUCAGACGUCGUGGUUUGGAUUGACUUUAUUGGAGAUCAGGUAAUGACAUACAUGCUACUAUCAUCAGCAUCAACUGGUGCCAUGAAUACAAAUUUAGCAAGGAAUAUGGGAUACGUAAAUCCAAUCGUAGAAAAAGAAUCGACAGCCGUCGCCAUGGCUUUUCUAGCGUUCUUCUCUCUUGCAUCAGCUUCCCUCAUUUCAGGAUACCAUUUGUUCACUGAGUUAUCUAGAUCUUAAUUUAACUAACCGUACUUGAUCGCACGUAUAUACAUCAUUGUAACUUAACAUUGAUCGAUCAAGUUCCUGUUUUUUGUCCUUGUUUUUUUUUUUUUUCUUGUUCUUUCUUCAUUUCAUCUAAAGGAUUUAAUUAGUUUGUUGGAUUAAUUGCUUUCCUCCAGAAAGAGGAAAUAUCUCUUGAAUGUUCAUUAUUGCCGCAUUAAUAAUCAUAAAAUUCAAUUUUUUCUAGUGGGUUUUUUGUAUAUGGAAUUACAUCAUUACGGUACUAUUCUUCCUCUUGUAAAAAAGACAGUUGUAUUACUUGCAUUUUAUUUGUGUUGAAUUAUAGUUUUGUUCAAUAAUAAGGUAAUCCGUAUAUGAUGAGAUAUUGAAAAAGCAAUAAUGAUUAAAGAAACAAAAACAAAACUAGUUGUAUAACAGGAAACUGAAAUAUAUAAUCGAUUAA